AUGACAGCCAUAGUAGCUCCCAUCCCUCCACCUUUCUACUCUCCUUACUUAGACGAUCAAUGUAACAAGAUCAAUUCCAAGCCUGUGCCUUGGGAAGGUUAUCAACGAGCCAAGCUUCUCUCAGCAGAUGAACUUGCUCUUCUAAAAUCUCUAAACAAGCUCCCUCCUACCCAACGUCCAACAAUCUACGCUACGCAAGGUCAACAAUAUGCCAAACUUUACAUAGACCUCCUACGUAAACUUCAAAGAGUCGAUACUGUCCAAGCUGUCGUUGUCGCCAUAGGAGACAUGCUCUCUGAUCCUAACACCAUCCCUUUGUUCCACUCCCUCGCCUCGUCAGAAUAUCCGGAUGAUCCGUAUGGACCUAUAGUCAAGUGCUUAGGUAUGGAAGAGGAGUUUGCCAUCUUAGGAUCAUUGAGAAUAUUAGGAAUACUUGUAGCAACAGAUCCCAAACCAUUCCCUGAACUUCAAGUCCAAAUUCUCCUCUCCAGCCUCUCAGGUCUUCUCAAUGGCUCCCGUAUACCUUUAUGGGAAGUCGCAGCUCAGGUCCUGAACGCUAUCCUGGGCUCAAGACAAUUCCGUCUGGCUGUGUGGGAUCAGGGGGAAUGCAUCUCUGGGUUGGUGAAAUCCCUCAAGACGAACCCCAGUCCUCAGGCGCAGUACUGGGCUAUAUGUUGUCUUUGGCAGUUAUCCUUUGAGCCGAUCGCGGCGGAGGGGAUGGACAAGAAGUAUGACGCCAUAGCCCUCUUGACCAACAUCGCCAAAGCCGCCGUCAAAGAGAAGGUCACACGAGUGGUCGUUGCUACUCUCAGAAAUCUCUUGACCAUCGCCCCUAGUCAAAACCUCCCCUCCAUGUUCGUCGUGAAGCUAUUGCCUUUCGUCAAUUCUUUGAGAGAACGAAAAUGGUCCGAUGAUGAGAUUGUGGAAGAUCUCAAUUACCUUCGGGAUGAGCUUCGCAGUCGACUGGAUGGUUUGACAACAUUUGACGAAUACGCAUCAGAGAUAGAGAGUGGUCACCUUGUGUGGAGUCCGGCUCAUGAGAGUGAGGAGUUUUGGAGAGAUAACGGUCUGCGGAUAGCACAUGAGGGGAAUGGGAAAAUCGUGAAACGGCUAGUCGAGAUCCUGCAUCAAAGCUCAGAACCUAUCGUGCUGGCUAUAGCGGCACACGAUAUCGGAAGGUUCAUCAAAUACGGAGGAGACAAAGCGAAGCAAACGAUUUCCGACUUGAACGGAAAGACCAGGUUGAUCGAGUUGAUGGCACAUGAGAAUGCGGAUGUUCGGUACAAUGCGCUCAUGAGUGUACAGAGGUUGAUGAGCCAACAUGUGUGA